CCCACUUUGCGUCCUGAAGAAACUGCACUCAAAGCUUAAUGAAGACGAAGUCAAGGCUAACACCUCAAUACCGUCCACCCAGACCUCAGUUCUACUUCAACCUUAAGCGUGACAGAAUCUGCGACGAUGGUGAAGGGAAGUUUAGCUUUAGUGACCGGAGCCAGCAGUGGGAUGGGCAGAGAGACAUGUAAGGUGCUGGCCAGGGAAGGAGCUACUGUGGUGGUCACCUGUAUAGAUGAGGCUGGGGCCUACGAGACUCUCAAACUGUUGUCAGGAUCUGGCCAUUCCGUAUUCAAAUACGACGUCACCAACUUCCAGUCAGCUCACGAACUACUGAAGGCGAUUAUCCAGAAGUACAAUAGGCCUCCUAACAUCCUCGUGAACAGUGCUGGAAUCCUGGGCGCUGCAUCAACGUUGGACGAAACCAUUGAAUCUUUCCAGAAGAUACUUGAUGUGAACCUCAAGGGUACCUUCUUCACAUGUCAGGCUGUUUGCAGAGAGCUCUCAGCUGCCAAGUUGCCUGGCGCUAUAGUCAACAUUUCCAGCGUAGCCGCACGUAUCAGUGUACAAGAGAUGGCAGCCUACACGGCUUCCAAGGCAGGAGUUGAUGCUAUUACCAAGUGCAUGGCGAAGGAUAUGAGCCAAUACAAUGUUAGAGUAAACAGUGUACAGCCUGGGUGGAUAGAGACCCCUAUGACUGUUGGGCUAGGAGUACAUUGUGACAUGACAGCAGAAUCCUGGGCGAACCGGCUGGCUACCAGACGCAUUGGGCAGCCUCAAGAAGUGGCUGAAUUGAUUGUAUUUUUAUCUUCAGACAGAGCCUCGUACAUCAAUGGCUCCAGCAUUUCCAUUGACGGUGGUAUUUGAACUUCCAGACAAGGUUUUACUAUGUAAUUGUUAAGUCGGUUUUUAUUGGAUGUACUUUGUAAAAUAAAAAUAAAAGUUGAAUGACUGUUGUAUUAGAAAAGCGUUCAAUGAUAAUCAACCCCAGUACGACACUGGUCUUGGACUACAAAUAGAUUGUGGCCUGCUACAAAUAAACCAGAUUGUAAAAGCA